AAAAGAUCAAUAAUCCGCGGGAAUGGCCGUUGUACAGAGCACAUGUUGGGUUUCUAGAAGAGAUGGGGCAAAUUUAGCGGCGAAGACGACACGGCCAGCAGCUCCGCAGCUCGGCGCACGAAAUUUCGAGCCCAUCACCGCCCCCUAUCCUCCCCCAGCCAACUUCUCGACCCUUCUCUCCGCCGCCCCCUAUAUCUCCGCCCUCGGAGGAAAAAAAAAAACAAUCAAGAACACGCAGAUAGAGGAACACACAGCACCUAUCAGUAUUCAGCAGUGAGCCUGCUGAUUUAGGGCGUAAUAACAAACAGAUUCCCCUUUGUUCUGCCGCACACGGAUCCCGUCCAUUCCCGUUAUUCUCUGCCAGAUUUUUUCUUGCCUCUGUUCAUAUUCUUGGUUUUGCUGGUAGAAGAGGAGAAGGGAUCAAGCCACUUAAGCCUAAGACUCUACAGUUGUUAGCGCAAUGACCAGCAACAGACGUGGAGCAGUAAUGGAGGAUUGGAUGCUUCCCACACCCAGCCCAAGGACACUAAUGUUGAGCCUUUUCAAUGAUGAUCUCAGCUCUGACGCUUUCUCUGAUGUUUUCGGUGACGGCGGCAGCGACAAACCCCAGGAUGGAAUCGAGAGGAGCAAUGCUUUUGUUGAUUUGAGCCAGGGAGAAUCUUCUCAAGUUGAAAGGGCCCCUCUACAUUUUGAACCAAACCUGCUUGGUUCUAUUCAGGAAUCAAGCCCAAAUAAUGACAAUCUUGCAGAAAAGAAUGGUUUUUGUGGCCUCAAGAUCGACACUUCCCGUGUCGGUUAUUCCGCAUCAAUUCGCUCUCCUAUCAUGAUUCCAGCCGGCGUGAGCCCAAGGGAACUUCUUGAGUCGCCGGUGUUUCUUCCCAACGCCAUUGCACAACCUUCUCCUACCACUGGCAAAUUGCCAUUUCUGAUGCGUACUAAUGCUAGACCAACAACACCGUCAGUCCAUAAGAAAGCUCAAGACCUAUCAUGCGAUGAUCAUACUUUCUCCUUUAAGCACAUUGUGAGGUCUAAACCACCUUGUUCUUCAAUUCUGGACAAGGGUUCCAGUGUUAUUAAUCAAAAUGAUCCAUCAGCAAGCGACAGGGAUCACCGUCCCGAGAAAGAGCUAGAAGUUGGCGAGGGAAACAGAGAUGGCGACUAUUCUUCAGCGCCGAUAAUUACCCAUGCUGAGGAUGGAUAUAAUUGGAGGAAAUAUGGAAAGAGGCAAGUGAAGAACAGUGACCAUCCAACGAGCUACUACAAAUGCACUCACCAAAAUUGCCCUGUCAAGAAAAAGGUGGAGCGCUGCCAAGAUGGUGAUAUAACGGAAAUAGUCUACAAAGGUUCUCACAAUCACCCUUUACCGCCUCCCGACAGCCGGCCAGGUGGCCCAGAGAAUGUCCCAGAUGACCACUUCCAGGAUGUGCAUGGUGAAGUUCUUGGGACAAAGCUAUCUGUUUCUCUCAACACGGAAGAACCUGUAGACACAUCUGUUACAGAGGCCCGAGAAACUAUCGAUAUCUCGCCAACACCCUCAAGUGAGGAUGCCGACCAAAUCCAAAAUCCAAAAGAUGGGGAUGAAGAUGCGACCAAAUCCAAAAGAAGAAAGAUGGAUUCUGCCACUCCAGCCACUGCUAUCAAUACUAUAGACAUAGCGGCUCUGACGUGGACAGCUGUUCGAGAGGCCCGCGUCGUUGUGCAGACCACAAGUGAUGUCGACAUCCUUGACGAUGGGUACCGUUGGCGCAAGUAUGGGCAGAAAGUUGUUAAAGGAAAUCCAAAUCCAAGGAGCUACUACAAAUGCACCCACCCGGGCUGUACGGUGCGCAAGCAUGUUGAGAGAGAGUCGAACGAUCUGAAGUCCGUGAUCACGACAUACGAGGGCAAGCACACCCAUGAAGUUCCAGCAGUCAGGCAUCCAAGCUCCGGGCCUGGUGUUGUGCCACCAGCCAUGCCGCAGCCUAAUAGUGGCAUUCACCGGAGGCCAGAACCGGCACCAGGCAGCCUCGCCCCGUUCGGCGGCGCCGCUGCUGCUGCUUUUGGCUCACCUGGUCAGUUGGGUCAAGCAGCCGGCUUCUCCUUCAGAAUGCUUCCAAAUGGCAUGGUGGUUCCGGUACCGGCUUUGGGGAUUUUGGUGCCGGUGCAGAUGGCUGGCCGUCCACCGGCAAUGCAGGGCUACACAAGGCCUGUGCUGCAGACAGGGGAGGCGAACGUGAAUCCGGCGGCACGGCCUGUCUUGCCAGCAGCAAAUGCAAAUGGCCCGGUAGCUUACCAACAGCUGAUGGGCAGGUUGUCUCAGGAUCAUCAACUGUAAACAGCAGGAAGAUGAGACAUGAAAAAAAAGGCCCCAUGUAUGUGAAACAAAUUUGGUUUUAUUCUCAUGCUCUUCCAUGUGGCUAUCUU